UCAGUUCUAUUUCCGCUUCUCUUCCUGGUCGCUCGUUCUUUAACUUUAGCACCGUUUUCUCCAGUUUAAGCUGUUUGCCAUCUCGCGCAGGAACUUUUGGUUUAUCGUGAAUGUCAGACGGUCCGCUUUUCCUUUAUUUUUCUGCGUUUCUGGCCCUGAAACGGCGUUAUAUUUCAUGCGGGAGCCGCUGGAAGAGGCGGGCUAGCCUCUGGUAGCUAACAGCUGUUUGGGUCUGAGCAGAGUAACGUCUCUGGUUGGGAGCCGAGCCUGAAAGUAUUUCGUUGGCAGGUUCUAUGAGCCGUGUCCGGAUCAUCUGGACCGAAGAUGUACCCGCCUCCCAGGAAGGACUUUAUCGCUUUGAACGUCGGCGACCCCCACUGUCACACCUACAACAACGGCAAACACCGAAGACAAUCCUGCUGGAGGAAAUGGAAGCAGCUGUCUCGGCUGCAGCGGAGCCUCCUCCUCUUCCUGCUGGCUCUGCUGCUCCUAUUAGCGCUGCUCUCCUUCUCCAGCAUCACAGAGCAGUGGACAGGGCUGUCUGACAAGGAAGACUGGUUGGAGCUGAACGAAGGUUUGAACAUGGUUGCCCCAGGACUGCAGCCUGUGCCGAGGCCGGCUGAAGGCAAAGCUCCGGCUCCUGUAGCCGGGCCCCAUCUGGAGCCGGCUGAAGGUCCGCAAGAUCUGAUGGAGCCCAGAGGACCAAACGUCCACGUUCUCGCUAGGCCUCCUACCAAGAGGAAGCCAUUUUUAAACAAAAAAGCUCCACCGAGCUCGCAGAAAGAUGGAAAUGCUUCUGAUACGGUCGGUGACACAAAGCAAAACCAUGACGUGGUUCGGGAAGAAGCAGGCGAGGAAGAGGAGGAGGAGGAGGAGGAGAAAGAAAAGAAAAUUGUCAGUUGGAGAGGAGCAAUGAUUGAAGCUGAGCAGGCUACAGAGCCUCCACCCUCAGCCAAUGAGAAAGAAGCUGUGGAGCCUGAUGCACCCGCCAACCUUGCAGCUGCCGUCCCUGAGCAAGUGCCCACCGGAGCUACGGACCGCCUGGAGGCCGUACGUGACGCCUUCAGGCACGCUUGGAAAGCCUACAGGGAGUACGCCUGGGGUCACGAUGAGCUCAAACCCAUCUCCAAGUCAUUCAGUGAAUGGUUCGGACUGGGGCUGACGCUGGUCGACUCUUUGGACACUAUGUGGAUCCUGGGCCUAAAAGAAGAAUUUGCUGAAGCAAGGAGCUGGGUGGAGAAAGAGCUCUCCUUUGACAAGAAUGUGGACGUGAAUCUUUUUGAGACGACUAUUCGUAUUCUGGGCGGGCUGCUGAGCUGCUACCACCUCACAGGAGACCAGCUCUUCUUAGACAAAGCUAAAGAUCUCGGGUCCAGACUGAUGCCGGCCUUCAAAACGCCCUCAAAGAUCCCGUUUUCGGAUGUCAACAUCGGGAAGGGAACGGCGCACCCGCCGCGAUGGACGUCGGACAGCACGCUCGCUGAAGUCACCAGCAUCCAGCUGGAGUUCAGAGAGCUGAGCCAUCUCACCCAGGACCCUCAGUACCAGGAUGCUGCGAAUGAGGUAAUGAAGCUGGUCCACAAGCUGCCCGGCAAACACGACGGCUUGGUGCCCAUGUUCAUCAACACCAACAGCGGCCAGUUCUCCCACAAAGGGGUGUUCACGCUCGGCGCCCGGGCGGACAGUUACUAUGAAUACCUGCUGAAACAGUGGAUCCAGGGCGGCAAGACGGAAGACGAUUUGUUGGAGGACUACCUUCAGGCCAUCGAAGGAGUGAAAAAGCAUCUCGUGAGGCAGACGGGACCCGACAGGCUCACCUUUGUUGGAGAACUUUCUCACAACCGCUUCAACCCUAAGAUGGAUCAUCUGGUGUGUUUCCUGCCGGGAACUCUGGCUCUGGGGGUGCACAAUGGCCUCCCAGAGGACCACAUGGACCUGGCUGUGCAGCUGACGGAGACCUGCCACCAGAUGUACCGACGCAUGGAGACCGGCCUCAGCCCUGAGAUCGCACACUUCAACCUGCAGGCCGUCGAGGGCCAGGAUGUCAUCGUAAAGCCUGCUGACAGACACAACCUGCUGAGACCAGAAACGGUGGAGAGUCUGUUCUACAUGUACAGAUUCACCAAAGACGCCAAGUACAGAGACUGGGGCUGGGACAUCCUGCAGAGCUUCAACAAGUACACCAAGGUGUCUGGCGGCGGCUACACAUCCAUUAACAACGUCCGUGACCCGGCUAACCCUGGUCCCCGGGACAAGAUGGAGAGCUUCUUCCUGGGCGAGACGCUGAAAUACUUGUACCUGCUCUUCUCAGACGACCCGGAGCUGCUCAGCCUCGACAAGUACGUCUUCAACACAGAGGCUCAUCCUCUGCCCAUAUGGCCGUCCCCGCCCAAAUGAAGACCGUCCAGGCUGGAACUGCUGUUUUAAAGCAGGGAGGCAGAUCUUUGCUUUGUUUUUGCUCCACGUCUUCUUUAUUUUUCCUAAGGAAAAAGUUUUGUGUCUGAGCUGGCCUCUGACGUAAAAACUUUGAGAUCAGACUCACCAGAGCACUUUGUUACAGGUGGGGGGACUCGAAUAACGACUGCACAUUUUCUAGCUUUGGGUUAUGAUACGAGGUGGGAAUCACUGAGUUAGUGCUGUUAAAUGUCUGAAUCCUACGUUUAGUGAUGAUGAACUGAAGGCGGACCUCUUUGUGUGCAGAAGGACGAUGUUUUCACGGUUUCUUCAGGCCAAUACGAUUUAAAAACUCGAGACAUUUAAUAAAUGAAUAAUUCAAGCUUACAUAGAUAACGAACCACGUUCUUUAAUGAAUGUAAAUUACUUUUUCUGGGUUAAUUUAUUUUUUUUAUUUAUUCAGGUUACAUGGGUAUUUUUUUUGUCUGCAUGCUUAUUUGUUCUGGUGUUCUGUUACGUGAAAACUCACUUUAUACAAGAUGAAGGGGAUUAAAUUCAGAUGAAAACAAACAGGUUGGCGCUGUGAUGGACUGAAGUCAUGUCUAGAGUCCUGCACUGAUCCCCAUGCAACACUGACCCGGAGGACGUUUGGAUAAAAAUGGUGUUGAUGGACGGAGGACAAAACCAUCUGCUGGUGCAGUUUUCAUCUUUUCCUGUAUCAGGAGAAAUAAAAAUGUUUAUUAAGGGGGAAAAAAAAGAUCCAUUUAUGUUUUCUUUGGGAGGUUCAGCAGAGAGUAAAUGGUAUAAAAUCCAGAUAAACAGAGUAAGUUUAUAUCCCACUCAACAAGGAUACUAUCUAAAUAAUUUCAGGCUCCGUUUUGAUUGAGUUUCUUUAUUUUAUUUUUUAAACACAAUUUAAGAAAAUGUGGAUUUUUCUGUAAUCCACACAGGAUCAAAAGUAUACAUACAAGCUCAAGUUUUUCAUGGAGUCGUGAAUCUCUGGAUGGAGCUGAGGAUUAGGGUGAUGGAAAGGAGGCCUUCCAGCCUCCAAUAUAAAUCAUUAAAAUACCAAUGGCAACAUGCAAAAAAUAGUUUAUUCGCUGUAUCGCCAGUAAAUUUUUUUUUUUCUUCCCCAGAGAGUUAUUGGGAAGGUUGUAAACAGUUGUCAAAAGACAGGUUUUAAUAAAAUCUUAAUAAAAACAGUAAAAAUUCAAA